CCUCAUCAUGGCUUAUUCUUUUUCUUCUCUCUGCUGUUUCAACCAAGUUCUUUCCUGGCAUAAGAUCAUGUUUCAGUACCCCAAAAUGAGGUCCCAAAGCUUUAGAGACAAUGAGAACAGUGUGGAUGCAAACAUGAGUGUUUUAAGAGAGAGAAUCGGUAGAAUCAGAAAGAGAGAGAGGCUUGUGGAUAGAUGUGGUUGGAACUAUAAGAAUGAAGUCUAUGGGGAAAAGUUUGAGAGAUCAUCAAAUCAUCAUCAAGCUUUCAUAUCAGAGUUUGCGGAAUUAAUGGCCAUAACCUGUGGUUCUAUAGGACUUGUCUUUCUUACUGGUUCUCUCUGCAUCUUCCUUGUAUCCCUCUUGGUGUUUAUAUCUAAAAAUUAAGUGUGAACAAUAUAUACUCUCUUGUUCGCAGCUUCUCGUCACAUCUUGAACAAAAAAUCUAACUUUCCGGCAUGUUUGUCAGUUUA